AAGCACGUGCGGAAGUUUAUUCGGUUAAUUUUAGAUUUUCUUCACUCACAAUUGUGCUCUUUUAAUAAAAAAUACAAAAAUGCAUUCUUAUGACGAACAAGUUAAAGCCUUGGCUUUGAGAUUGUUCGAAAUUAAUGCAUUUAAAUUCGGCGAAUUCAAAAUGAAGGUUGGAAUUAAUUCGCCAGUGUAUUUCGAUUUGCGUGUUAUUGUCAGUUAUCCUGAUGUUAUGGAUCAGGUAGCGCAGAUGCUGUGGGAUUUUGCAAGAGAAAAAUCUAAAUGCCAACAUUUAUGCGGUGUCCCUUACACAGCUUUACCAGUGGCGACAUUAAUUUCUGUUAAUUCUAAAAUUCCAAUGCUCAUAAGGAGGAAAGAAGCAAAAAGUUAUGGUACCAAAAAACUUAUUGAAGGUAAAUUUAAAGCAGGUGAUACGUGUUUGAUUAUUGAAGAUAUUGUCACGUCUGGUGCCAGCAUUUUAGAAACAGUAAAGGACUUAGAGAGCGAAGGAUUAAAAGUUACUGAUGCUAUUGUGGUCGUGGAUAGAGAACAAGGAGGUGCCGAAAACAUUAAUAACCAUGGAAUAAAAAUGCAUUCGCUAUUUACUCUUACUCAGUUAUUGAAAAUCUUAAAAGAGGCAGGUAAAAUUCAACAGGACACGUUGGACUCUGUACAAAAAUAUCUUAAAGCUGUGCAAAUGAAGCCAGAUGGUUCAUUCAAAGACGGUAAUUAAUUAAUUGAUGAGACUGUAGACAGAACAAAGCUCAGUUAUGAAGAACGAGCAAAAAUAACCAAAAAUGAAGUUGCAAAAAAAUUAUUCAGUAUUAUGGCUACAAAACAAACAAAUCUAUGCGUAGCUUUAGACCUCACAAAAUCUAUAGAAAUCCUAGAUGUAUUGGAACAAGUGGCCCCCCAUAUUUGCAUUCUAAAAUUGCACUGUGAUAUAAUCAUUGAUUUCAAUGAUAAUUUGAUUAAAAACAUUGCCAAAUUAGCCGAAAAACAUAAUUUCAUGAUAAUGGAAGACAGGAAGUUCUCUGAUAUUGGGAAUACAGUGAUGUUGCAAUAUACUGCUGGAUUGCAUAGAAUAGGAUCUUGGGCUGAUUUGGUAACGGUUCAUGGAAUUUCUGGUCCAGGAGUUAUUGACUCGUUGAGAGCUGGGAUGAAGGCAAAUGCUUGGGAGAAUAAAGGAUUGUUUUUGUUGGCAGAAAUGAGCUCUAAGGAUAAUCUUCUUACUCCCUCAUACACCGAAUCAAUCUUGAAACAAACAUUCCAAAACCUAGACCUUGUCGUGGGUUUAGUAUGCCAAAAUAAAAACAUAGUUAAAGAGCCAGGCCUAAUUCAAUUCACACCAGGCGUGCAACUAAAUCAAGGUGUCGAUUCCAUGGAUCAAGUUUACAACACACCAAACAAAGUCGUUAAAACAAAUGGAGCAGAUAUAGCAGUCGUAGGAAGAGGAAUUACAGAAUCCAAAAACCCAGAAAAUACUGCUAGAAUUUAUCGGGACCAACUUUGGCAAGCGUAUUUAGAUAGACUGCACUAAGCGGUCCUUAGGGUGGAAAUUACUUUUUUGCAGAAAUUUUUACCUCAUAUAUAACACAAUAAAACUUGUUAUUCAGUUACCAACG